AUGGAGUGUGCAGUGGACAUUCCUGCCGGCGAGGAUGAGACUACAGAAAAAGAUGACGUGAACUGUAAAGAAGGGACUGAAACACCUCAAAAGAAAAACAAGAAACAUAAGAAGCACAAGAACAAGAAGAAGAAAAAGAAGAAGAAGGGUGAAAAAGACAGCAGUUCAGAGUCUGGUCCUGAGUCUGAGGCAGAGGCAGCUCCUCCAAAACCUAAAGGAACCAACAAGUUGCUACCCAAAUCUUCAACCAUAAUAGUGUCUCAGUUAACUCUAAGGCUGCAUUGGCGUGCAAGGCUGGCUGCGAAAGCUGGAGAUUCGGUCGGCCAGAAGGAAGAGAUUAAAACAGUAAACAACAAAGGGGAUGAGAACCUUGUUUCCAGUCUGCCGCAAACGGAACCACUUGAAGAGAAGAAAGAGGUUCUACCUGAUAUGGAUGUUUCACAAAGUGCAGAGAAGACGACAAAUGAUAGUCAUCCAAAUGGAACCGAAAAGGAUAUCAAAUCCCCAUCGCCUAGUUUGGAUGAGGUAGCACAUACAGGAACAGUUCAGGUGAAGGAAGAAGCCAAUCUAGGAGAGUGCAAUUUCAGUCAUGCCCAUGAACUUCCUGACAUUAUUCCUAAAGCGGACGGUAACACACCUAGAGAUGAGCCAUUAGAGAUAGAUAAAUCCAGUUUAAAGCAACAACAAAAAACAACAGCAAAAGAGUCUGACUCGCCAAAGUCAGGGUCUCCGCUCCCUGUUUUAGGCACACAUAUUAAGCGGUCUGACUCAAGGCAUAGUCGGUCACCAUCAUCAAGUCCUCCCAAGCAGCAAAAUGAUGAACAAAAAGUAAUGGCGAUAGAAGAACCGUCAAAAAAUCAUUCGAGAUCGGCUUCAAAGGACAAGAAAUCACCCACUCCUCGAAAAAAUCGUCGGCUCUCGCGUUCAAUCUCUCGCUCUCCAUCUCCUAAAUCUAGGAGAAAAUCUGUCUCCCCACGCUCGAAGUCCCCCAAGAGAGCUCGCCGCCAUUCAAGAUCUAAUUCUCGGUCACGUACCCCCAGAAGGAAGUCGUUAAGGUCCCCGCGGAGGUCCAAGUCGCCAAAACGUCGGAGGAGCUCCUUGUCCACGUCCCCGAGGCGACAUAGAAGUCCCCUGUCUACAAGAAGAAGAUCUUCGAGAUCGCCAAAACGCAGCGGGCGUAGGUCACGCUCUUUAUCACGGUCUCCGAGGAGAAGCCGGAGAUCAAAGUCCCGCUCGCGAGGGCGCUUAAGGCGCUCUCGGACCCACUCGCCUAGACGCGGUGCCACAAGCGGCAGGCGGUCACGCUCACGUUCUUUUGGCAGGGUCCGUCGCUCCAGAUCACGACGCCCUCACCGCCGAUCCAGGUCGCGUUCCUUGGCAAGGCGCACUGGUGGCCGGCGCUCAAGGAGUCGGUCUUUGUCGCGACAUAGGAGGUCUCCGCCUCCCAGAGCACGCCGCUCACGCUCCAGAUCUGUGCGCAGGAGCAGGCGGAGCCGCUCGCGCACCCCCUUGUCCUACAAACGUCAACGGCGCUCUAGAUCAAGGACUCCCCGUAAACGGACCAAAUCCCGAACUCCUAUUUCCCGCCGGCGCUCCAAAAGCAGGUCUCCCUUCCGAAGGCGUUCUCGGUCCCCUGCAAGGAGAAAACGGUCUCCACUGAGGUCUAGCAAACGCUCGAAAUCCCGCUCGUUGCCUAGAAGGCGCAGGUCGAAGUCACGUUCGCCUCUGUUGAGCAGAAAGAAGUCCAAAUCGCCAAGGAGCCGCGUUAGAAGGUCAAAGUCAAAAUCUGUCUCUGUUGGCUUGCGCAGAUCCAAGUCCAGAACCCCGUCUGAGUCAAGUGAUAGGCCGUCUGAUAGGUCGUCCCAUGCCAGAUCCGCAUCACCCCCUGUUGAGGAGAAGACGAUUUCUCCCCAUGCAGACCAAGCAUCCCCAGAAAGGACGGCUGCAGAAGCAGAACCCGAUUCUACUGCAGGUGGUUGGAAACCAGUGGCCUCACUAGUUGCUUCCAAAUGUUCAGCUGAUGAGGUGCAGGAGCGACCUAAAGUGUCUGAUACGAUCCCUGCUGAAGACGAGAAAGAAGAACAGAGUGAGCAGAACCUGCCAUUGGAUCUCAAGAACCUGCCACUGGAUCUCAAGAACCCGUGUUUGGCCCACAAGAACCUGUGUUUGGCCCACAAGAACCCGUGUUUGGCCCACAAGAACCCGUGUUUGGCCCACAAGAACCCGUGUUUGGCCCACAAGAACCUGUGUUUGGCCCACAAGAACCCGCGUUUGGCCCAAAAGAACCCGCGUUUGGCCCAAAAGAACCUGCGUUUGGCCCAAAAGAACCUGCGUUUGGCCCAAAAGAACCCGAGUUUGGCCCAAAAGAACCCGAGUUUGGCCCAAAAGAACCCGAGUUUGGCCCAAAAGAACCCGCGCUCGGCCCACAAGAACCCGCGCUCGGCCCACAAGAACCCGCGCUCGGCCCUCAAGAACCCGCGUUCGGCCCUCAAGAACCCGCGUUCGGCCCUCAGGAACCCGCGUUCGGCCCUCAGGAACCCGCGUUCGGCCCUCAGGAACCCGCGUUCGGCCCUCAGGAACCCGCGUUCGGCCCUCAAGAACCCGCCUUCGGCCCCCAAGCACCCGCCUUCGGCCCCCAAGCACCCGCCUUCGGCCCCCAAGCACCCGCCUUCGCCCCCCAGGAGUCUGACAUUGGCCACCCAGACGGUUCUGGAUGUUCGGAGGCCUCAGCUGAAGAAGUUGAAAGUGCUCCUUUGCCCUGCCUUUCUGCAGAUGCUGAACGUGAUCGGCUUCUCAGGGAUCUGUCAAUCCUUCUUACUGGCGAAGAGCUUUCGCCUUCACCAGCACGUCACAGAGAACCCUCCCGCUCACCUUCACCUCGAAGGAGGUUUGUGCUUUGAGUCAAAGUCUCCAGGGAAGAAGAGGGAAUCUAUGUCCCCGUCAGAGAAAAAGAAACGGCGAUCAAAAUCUCGAAGUCCCGGCCGGCGCAAAAGAUCCAGCCCUUCUCGGUCAGCCACUCGACGCAAGCGGUCCCGUUCCAAGUCUCGAACGAGGGCACGGCGAUCCAAAUCCCGCUCCCCGGCCCGCAAAAGACGCUCCCGCACGCCCAACGCCAGGGGAAGGAAAAGAUCCAAAUCCGCGGAUAGGAACAAGCGGUCUCGAAGCCGAUCCGCUGCCCGCAGGAAAAGGUCUCGCUCGGGCGAUAGGGGUAGGCGGUCCAGGUCUCGUUCUUCUGACCGAAGACGCAGGUCGAGGUCCAGAGGUCGAGGGAAACGUCCCGUGUUUCGCAGUCGUUCGUUUGAUCGAAGGGACCGUUGGAAGAGAGAACCCAGCCACUCUCCCGUUCUGAUUCUCCGCAAACAGCGCCGCUCGGGGUCCAGGACGCGACGCAGCGCCAGCAAGUCGCCCCCGAGGCUGACCGAUCUGGAUAAAGACCAGUUACUGGAGAUCGCCAAGGCCAACGCUGCUGCCAUGUGUGCCAAAGCUGGGGUGCCCAUUCCCGAGAGUCUGCGGCCAAAAGCCAUCCUCCAACUUCCGCUGCCCACCCCGUCUCCAGGCCCCCUCUCUCUCCCGCUGCCUUUGCCCCUCCCCAUGGGCAUGGGGAUGCCGAAUAUGCCCAACAUGGGUCCAAUGGGCUUGCCCGGCAUUCCGGGAAUGCCCAACAUGUCCAACAUCACCAUGAGCGCCGCCAUGGCGAGUAUGACGGCGGCCACUAUGACGGCUGCCUUGACCAACAUGGGCGCCCUGGCGGCCAUGCCUCCCCUCGCCCCGCUUCCCACCAUCACCAAUAAGCCCCCUCCUAGUCUGGCACCGCCGACCCCAUCCCUGAACCUGGACCACAUCGAAGAAGCGAAAAGGAAGGUCACGCAGCAAGCUAACAUCCACACCAUCAAGGAGCUGACAGAGAAAUGUAAGAUGAUUGCAAACAGCAAGGAGGAGAUGGCUGUAGCUAAACCUCAUGUCUCUGAUGAUGAAUUCUAA